CUUGACACCGGUUGCAAUGGGAAGCUAACGGCCGGAGAGAAGUUUUCGGGUUUCACUUCGUCAAAGUUAGCCCACAUUAGCGGACAAGUCAUGGAAAUUAUAGUUAAAUAACAAGACGCAUCUUUUACCGACAGCACAGCAGGGCUGCAGCAGGUAGAGGCGGCCGCAGCCACGGAGAUGGCCAACUUCAAUUGGAAACCGUUCAUCUACGGAGGGAUGGCCUCGAUUGUCGCAGAAUUUGGGACGUUUCCCAUCGACCUGACUAAGACCCGGUUGCAGGUCCAGGGUCAGUCCCAGUACAUGGAGGUGCGCUACAGGGGCAUGUUUCAUGCGCUCUUCAGGAUUGGCAAGGAGGAAGGCGUCCGGGCACUCUACUCUGGGAUUUCCCCAGCCCUCUUGAGGCAAGCAUCAUAUGGGACAAUCAAGAUAGGAACCUACAACACCCUGAAGAGGCUGUUUGUCAGUCGUCCAGAAGAUGAGACCAUGGUCAUCAACGUCUUCUGUGGAGUUGUAUCUGGAGUCCUGUCCUCCUCUCUGGCCAACCCUACUGAUGUCCUCAAGAUCAGGAUGCAGGCCCAGGGUAGCCUACUGCAAGGAAGCAUGAUGUCCAACUUCAUCAACAUCUACCAGACAGAGGGAACCAGGGGACUGUGGAGAGGCGUCAUCCCCACAGCACAGCGAGCAGCCAUUGUUGUCGGCGUUGAACUUCCUGUCUAUGACAUCACAAAGAAGCACCUCAUUCGCUCAGGCCUCAUGGGAGACACCAUUUUGGCACAUUUUAUUUCAAGUUUCACGUGUGGCCUGGCUGGGGCACUGGCCUCCAACCCUGUAGAUGUUGUUAGGACCCGGAUGAUGAACCAGCGAGUUCUGUCAGGGAGUCCCAUCUACAAAGGAACUCUGGAUGGAGUGAUGCAGACAUGGAGGAACGAGGGGUUCUUCGCCCUAUAUAAGGGAUUUUGGCCGAACUGGCUGAGACUGGGGCCUUGGAACAUCAUUUUCUUCAUCACCUUCGAGCAGCUGAAGAAGCUUCCAUUUUAGUGCGAGCAGGAAGCAGGACACUCCGUCGGUCUACUAGACUGUGUGUGUGUGUGUGUUGGGCAGAGGUGGAGGGAGGGCAGACACAGUAGCACCCCUGCUUUUUGUCCCUGUUACAUUCAUAAUCCUUCUGCACAAUGAGUCUGCUUACUCAUCCAGAUCAUCUGUUCACUUCAUCUGGAUUUAUUUUAUUAUAUCAUUAUUGGUUCUGUUUUUUGCAUUAUUUUGAGGAGUGUUGCUUUGAUUGCUCUCACCCUCAACCACCUUUUGACACCAUAGGCAGCUAAAUGUUUGAUUGUAGCAGAAGAUGGAAUCUUGAGUUUUGGCCAGAGUUAGAUAAUUGUCACUGUCAUAUGAGCUGAUGAGGAAAAAGGGACAUAGUGCUUUGGAGUUGAUGAGAAGAAUCUUAUGACUUUUUUCCCCAAGAGAAAUAGAAAAGGCUUAGGACUGUAAACUCGAGGCUCAUAUGGAUGUUUGGAAAUAUUUUAAAACAUAAUUUGAUCAUUAUCAAGUGCUGAAAAGCCUGGAAAUUGUGUAGUUCAGAAAAUAUGGGGAUAAGUUUAAAAAACAA